UGUUACAGUGGCUUACACCUUUCUGUGGCCCGUGAGAGUGAAGUGGAGCCUGGUGCGGGUAGGGAGGGAGCAGAGAGGGCGGGAUAGAGAGAGAGAGGACUGCGCGCGUUCAGGCAGGACAGGAGGGCGCGCGGGACAUCAGUACACCGGCCGGGUCAAGAAGCAAGGAUGGAUAUCCGACCAGACAGGUUUAAGGCGGUCGCGGCCAAAACUCUGGGGAAAAUUCACAGGCUGAUUGAGAAGCAGCAGCCCAAUGGUGAAACCAUUGAAUUAUCAGCAGAGGGACGUCCUGAGCUGGUGGAGGAGAAGGAGCUGCCGGUGGUGGACUGUACCUGCUUUGGCUUGCCGAGGAGGUACAUCAUCGCCAUCCUGUCUGGCCUGGGUUUCUGCAUCUCUUUUGGUAUCCGGUGCAACCUGGGUGUGGCCAUUGUAAGCAUGGUGAAUGACCACACUGUCUACAAAGGCAACAAGGAAGUACUUGUGGCUGCACAGUUCACCUGGGACCCUGAGACAGUUGGGAUGAUUCAUGGCUCCUUCUUCUGGGGCUACAUCGUCACACAGAUCCCGGGUGGCUUUAUAUGUCGAAAAUUUGCAGCCAACAGAGUGUUUGGCUUUGCUAUAGUGGCCACAUCCACCCUCAACAUGCUGAUUCCAUCCGCUGCUCGCUGCCAUUACAGCUGCGUCAUACUGGUCAGGAUAUGCCAGGGCCUUGUGGAGGGUGUAUCAUACCCAGCAUGCCACGGGAUCUGGGCCAAGUGGGCGCCUCCUCUUGAGAGAAGUCGAUUGGCCACAACAGCCUUUUGUGGAUCCUAUGCAGGGGCAGUGGUGGCCAUGCCUUUAGCUGGAAUACUGGUGCAAUACACUGGAUGGUCUUCAGUAUUCUAUGUCUAUGGCAGCUUUGGGAUAUUCUGGUACUUGUUCUGGAUUCUGGUUUCGUAUGAGAGUCCCGCCGCUCAUCCCACUAUUACACCGGAGGAGAGGAAGUACAUUGAAGAGGCAAUCGGAGAGUCUGCAACAUUUCUUAAUCCUCUGCAUAAAUUUAAAACACCAUGGAAACACUUCUUCACCUCCAUGCCAGUCUACGCCAUCAUUGUGGCCAACUUCUGCAGGAGCUGGACCUUCUACCUGCUGCUCAUCAGCCAGCCAGCCUACUUUGAAGAAGUAUUUGGCUUUGAGAUCAGCAAGGUGGGCAUGGUGUCAGCUUUGCCCCAUCUGGUGAUGACAAUAGUCGUGCCUAUUGGAGGCCAGUUGGCAGACUACCUGAGAACACACAAUCUGAUGACCACCACCAACGUCAGGAAGCUCAUGAACUGUGGAGGUUUUGGGAUGGAGGCCACCCUCCUGCUGGUAGUGGGAUACUCUCACACAAAAGGUGUUGCCAUUUCUUUUCUUGUCCUUGCUGUGGGUUUCAGUGGAUUUGCCAUCUCAGGGUUUAAUGUCAAUCACUUGGAUAUUGCCCCUCGAUAUGCCAGCAUACUGAUGGGCAUCUCAAACGGGGUGGGAACAUUAUCUGGAAUGGUGUGUCCCCUCAUAGUGGGAGCCAUGACCAAACACAAGACACGUGAAGAGUGGCAGGGUGUCUUCCUAAUAGCUUCACUCGUACAUUACGGAGGAGUGAUUUUCUAUGGAAUCUUUGCAUCGGGAGAAAAGCAGCCUUGGGCAGAUAUAGAGGACACAAGUGAGGAGAAGUGUGGUAUUAUUGAUGAGGAUGAACUGGCCAAUGAAACAGAGGAGCUCUACCGCGGAGGCGGGCAGUAUGGGGCCAUGAAUCAACCAGUUGUUGGUUCUAAUGGAGGAGGGACUGGCGGAGGAGGAGCCGGAUCUGGAUGGGUGUCGGACUGGGAUAAGUCUGAGGAGUAUGUCCAACCGCCUGGAUACAACUCGUACAAAUACGGGGGAAAAGAGGAGAAGGAGCUGACAUAGAAGAUCAAAAUGAUACAAGUUUUACAUUUUUUUUUUUUUUUUAAGAUAAAGAGAAGAGGAAGAUUGAUUUUGGAAAGGGGUUUGUAAGAGAGUUACUCGCUUUACUCAACUCUCUGUGUGCUUUUGUACAAUAUUUUCAACUGCACAUAUCAAAAGUAUGCAUCUGAUAAAUUUAUGUGUGUUUGUGUGUGUGUGUGUGUGUGUGUGUGGUUGUGUGUGUGUGUGUGUGUGUUUGUGUGCGUGUGCGUGCGUGCAAGUGUGCGUGUGUGGUUGUGCGUGCAAUGUUUGAACACAUACAAAUCAACAGCAUUCAACAACUGAACUCAGAUCCCAGACUUCCUUCCUGCUCUUGAGCUCGUUGUGAUUGGUCAAGCAUUCUGUUUCCAAGAAAUGCCGUAGUUGGCUUUUUACCUGUACAGCAACUCUCACAAGCCACUGGCAUUUUGUUGCAUUUAAAAUUGUGUGUGUGAGCCACACAUUCACUUUUCUAGCUGAGAAAGCACCUUUGGGGCCUCAGUUUUGAAACAUAAAACUUUUGAGCUUACAAAUUUAUCCAAAUUAUUAAACACAAAGUGUGAUGCCACUAGUGUCGAUUGCUUAAAUUUUCUAGUCUAAAAUACUCCCAAGGCCCUCAGCCUCAAUAGAAUUAAUAUUGAGCAUAAGAUUUUUAAAAAUCAAUACACAAACUAAAGGCUAAUGUGUUUUUAUGAUUGCGGCCCCUUGUGGCCUUCUUGUCAGGACACUGGUGAUACAUCCACUUAAUUUCUUUCUUUGCAACAUUAUUUUUCCACAGCACUGCAUAACUAUAGUAUGCAUGCACAUGCCGACUACUUUUAAACUAUUAAAUCAAGAAAAAUAAAUUUGCUUAGGUGUUGUAUCUGUCUGUGCUUGUGUGUGUGAAGCUGUAUAGCUUUUGUUACAACAGGCCCCCUUUAUGUGUGUGCAUUUCAUCGUGCAAAGGUGUGUGUUUGAGGUUGCAUUUGGUGUCGAGAUGAAUGUCACCUGGGUCUGACCUAACUAGGUCACGUCCAGCCAGGCUUAUGGUCACAUUUGUGACUUUCCAUUUGGCGUGUACGCUCCCGUUAGAUAGGUGGCCCAGAAUGACAAGUAGAGUGUGAUAGCUGCUUAACUGAUCCACUGCAUAACCAGUGAGGAACAACAGUUAUUAUAUUCCCAGGCAUCACAGAACGUGCUGCCUCUGUUUCUGCCUUGUUCUGUGUCUCUGUGGCUGCUCUCUGUUUCCACGUCUUUAGUAUCUAAAUUUUUGUCAAGUUUGAGGUGGUGGGUCAGACCGACUAAGUGUUUGUGUGUGCGUGUGUGUGUGUGUGUGUGUGUGUGUGUGUGCAUGUGUGUGUGAGUGUGUGCAUGUGUGUGUGAGUGUGUGCGUGUGCGUGUGCGUGCGUCCGUUGUGUUGGGUGCAGGUGCUGAAACGUUGCGUGGUGAGCAUGUUUUAAUGAGCACAUUAGUGUAGUACCCCACCAUCCGUCUCUUCCUUUUGCACACACACACGCACGCACGCACACACACACACACACACACACAGGGUGCUUAUUUCAUGAAGGCACAGUUAAGUGCAGUGUGCAGAGGGAGUGGUGGCACACUUUUUAGUACUCACAUGGCUGUAAAGCACCCAUGGAAACAGGGUGAUAUAGGGAAGUAUGAUUAUACAUUGUCAGAGGAUGUGUUAAGGUUUGGUUACAAUCAUGGCUAAUCCACUCAGACCCAUCAAGCCCUUUUAAAGCAGCACCCUCUCCAUUGUGACGUACUGACUGCAGGGUAAUGGGGUAGGGAAUUCAGAGGUUCUUCUCCUUAGAGGACACCAACAAGCUUAUACAGGAAAGGAACUGUCAUAUUUAACAAAUUGCACAGUACAACUCAGCACCUGCACAUACAGCCAACAUACAUUAAACAUGUUCAUGCACACACAUACACAAACAAACGUCUGCCCUCUGUGUGACGUCACAAGUCAUGCCAACUCACAAUGUUCUUUUUAAUUUAAAGUACAUUUGUAGGCGGAUCUUUUUCAGAUCAAGAAUCUAAUUUUGUGUACCUUAUAGGGAGUUUGUAGAAUUGAGCUCACUUUUGUGAGAGAAAAAAUACACUACUGGAUUGUUAAAAUAAUUGUAAUUGAUUAAACUGAGGGUUUAUUGGUAAAAUGUGUUGGUAUGUCAAUAAAUUAUUUGAAAAAGUCAAUAAGGCAAAUUUUUUUUUGAAUGAAAUGUCUACAAGACAUGAAUGAUCAUUCUUGUAUAGAAUUUUAUUUUAAAGUGUUGUAUUAGUGUGUUUUUAAUCAAGUUUCUCUUUGUCUCAUUUAUGGCUAGUCCAAUGUUGUCCUCCUCCUUCUUGAUGAAAUGUGUGGUGGGAACCAGUUAAAAAAGAAAAAAAGAAAAUGAUCAUAAUGCAAAAAUGUGCAAAAAUAUUCUAUGUAUAAAAGAUGUAUAUGUGAGAUAUCCUUGUCUAUAAUAAAAUGUAAGCAAUUUGA